CUGCGCCUUAUCAGUGAGCUGGCGCUGCGACGAUGCGGUUGCAUACUGAUGUGCACAAGCAAAACAAAGCGUUUUUUUUAGUUUGGCUUUCAGAAACUUUCGUUUAGUCCGCUUUAAGCCUUUAACUAAAAUAAGAAGAUUCGAAGUUGUUUAUAUGGAUGUGUGACGGCACAGUUUUAUUCAGCUAAAGGAACAAAUGCAAGUGCACAACUUGGACUCUAAUUCUCUAUGUAAUAGAUGUAAAAACACUGAAUUUUCUAAUGCACAUAUUGUUAACAUAAAUUUGACAGUGAUAUCACGUCACUCAGCAAAUUUCUUUAUCGGUGAACUCAAAGAACUUGCAUAGAAGAAAGGAUGGUUUCAACCCUGUGUUAUAUUAUUUUGCCAGUAGUUAUCAUUGCUGGACUCUUGAGAAAAUGUAGAGAAUAUUCGUGGGGAAGAUGUAGAAGUAAAAGCAACCUGGAGGGUCGCGUUUUCAUUGUGACUGGUGCUAAUUCUGGAAUUGGCAAGGAAGUUGUUAAAGAACUCGCCAAAAGAAAUGCUACUGUUAUUUUAGCUUGCAGAAACUUACAGGCAGCUAAAAGUACUGUUCAAGAGAUUAAGGGCUAUUCACCUAGAGCUGAAUUGAUUCCUAUGGAGCUAGAUCUUGCUUCAUUAACAUCAAUAAAGCAUUUUGCUAUGGAAGUACUGAAAAAUUUCUCGGAAAUACAUGUAAUAAUUAACAAUGCAGGUGUUUAUGUACCUUUACAAGAUAAGGGCAAAGAUGUUACUAAAGAAGGAUUUGAAAUACACUUUGGAGUCAAUCACUUGGGUCACUUUUUAUUGACUAAUUUAUUAUUAGAUAGAUUGAAGCAAUGUGCUCCAAGCAGAGUUGUUGUUGUAACAUCAAAAUUACUGGAAUCUGGUGUUAUUGAUUUCACGAAUUUGAAUGGUGAGAAAGGGCUGCCGGUAGAAGGUCGUAUGAAUCCUGGCUACUGCAACUCCAAAUUAGCUAAUGCUUAUUUUGCAAAUGAACUUGCAAGGAGGACUGAAAACAGUGGUGUUUGUAUUUAUAUGGUUUGCCCUGGGUUUGCUUACACUGGACUUUUUAGACAUGUAAAGAGAAGUUGGUUUCAUUAUAUUCUUUUUUCUCCAGUGGCAUUAUUAUUUUUGCGCACAGCCAAUCAGGGUGCACAAAGCAUAUUACAUUGUGCCACAGAACCUUCAUUAACUAAUGAAAGUGGUAAUAUGUAUCGUGAUUGUAAAAUCUAUAAAUCAAAAAAGAAAUUAGAGCCAGAAAUAGCUCACCGCCUUUGGGAAGUAAGCGCUAAAUUCACAGGUCUUGAAGAGUCUACAUAAAUCAUCUUUCAUCAAAACUUCCAGUCAUUCUAGUAAUGAUUGAAUGAAACAAAAAGCAAUUGAACAUAGGAGUCUAUCAAAAUGCAUGAUUAAACGGGAUUUAUUACAAAUUGAAAUCAAAAAAUAAUUUAGAAAUAAUAAGUAGCUCAUCAUGGUAGAUUUGUAAUAGUUGUAUGGAAACUAAUUCACAGAAAAUCUAUUUACACACACACACACACACACAUGCACGCACACGCACACGCACACACACACACAUAUAUAUAUAUAUAUAUAUAUAUAUAUUGCAGGACUACAAACGGUACAUGUUUUUUGUUUCAAUUCGAUAUAAAUAAAAAAUGCGAAUAUUUUCAUUUAAACCAGCAUACUUUUCAAAAAUCGCAUAUGCCAAAAAAUUGUAUUUCGUACGUGAUGAAAUUUGUUUGAAUGUAAAUGCCAAAAACAGUUGUUGAAAAGUCAGAUGCUCAAUAUACAUGUCCAAGAAAGAG